GAGAGUGUAGUGUGCGGCGCUGGGGUUACCGCUGCGUCUCUAAGAUUUUCGCGUUUCUCGCGGUGUUUUCGUCUGGUUUAAUCGGUGUUGGUGUAUUCGACGUACGCGAUAGAAACAAGUGGUUCAAUGUUUUGCAUAAAAUUAAAACGGACGUAGUGUUUAACGCUUAUAAGGGGUCGUUUUUGAAACUCGCCUACCGCGUUCUCACUUCGGGUAUUUACGACAGCCUACUCUACUAUUGGUGGUGUUUCCGCAGCUGUUUUGAGGUUUUGUCGAUUGUGAAAAAUUAAAAAUUGAAGGCGGGAAUUACGAUUAUCAAUUGAAAUUUGUUUCUAUAAAAAAAAACACGUCGGAAAAUUCAAUAAGGAGAUUUAACGAAAAGAAAUUUGGAACUUUUUUUAUCCUUCGAUGAAAAGAGAGGUUAACGUCGUCUCUAAUGACUUGUAGUAAAUUGUUACUAAAAAGGCUGCUAAAAGUGUGAGGAGAGAGGAGGAGAGAAAUUUAUGUUGGUAGCGCUGGAAAUUGUUAUCAUUUUCUCUUGGAAAGAAGAAUCUUCUUUUUACCUCAAGAAUAAUAACUGUUUUUCUUAAUUAAUAAGUUUCAGUAAUCUUUGUUAUUAAUUGAACUUUAUUAAAUAGACAAUCAUUAAAAGAAGUGUGAAUUGGACGUGGUGGAUGUGUAUAGUGUAAUAUAGAGAUUAUGCGUAAUGUACAAUUAUUAUUACGGCCCAAGUUGAAAAUAAAAGAAGGUGGAUUUCAUUUAUUUGGUGUUGACAGGAUUCACCUUUGCUAUGGCAGCUGUGAUUGACAUGGGAGAAGUUGACGACAUACAUUCUAAGGAGGAAACUGCAAAAGAUGGUAUAAUUUUAAAUGGAGAAGUCACAAGUAGCAAAUCAUCGGAAAAAGGUGAAGUGGAGAACGAGGAAGAGACGAUGGAAGUGGAUAAUGAGGACGAUGUUGAUGGUGAAGAAGUUGAUGGUCAACUUGAUAAUAACAGUGUAGAAAUUGAAGAUGACGAAGAAGAAGAAGAUGGCGAAGAGGAAGAAAUUGAAGAAGCGGAAAUGGAAGAAACAGAAAUUGAAGAAAUUGAAGAAGUAGUAAAUAUAGAAACUCCAGAAAAUAAUCCUCCACUUUCAUCUCAAUCGAACGGUAAAAAUGAAAAAGGUGAAAUUCAUUCAGUCGACAAUACCGAUGAUGAAGAAGAAGAUGAUGAGGAGGAUGAAGAUGAAGACAUGGAAAGGGAUGAUCAUGAUGAUGUUCAUAUCAUAUCUGAGGAAAAUGAUGAAGAUAAAGGAAAUAUUGACAAUGACAAAUUGUCACCAAAGUCUGGUAAAAAAGAAGUUUUAAAUGAUUCUGGAGAUGGUGAUGUCGUUGAAAUUCUUGAUAGUAGUUUGCCUAAGGAAAAUGGAAAGUCUCAUAGCCCAGCGUUAUCUGAAGGGCCUCAUAAUGUGGAUGACGAUGAUGAUAUUAUUGAGAUAGAUUCGUCACCGAAGAAGAAAACGACUAAAACAACAAUUGUUAUUGGUUCCCCGCGAAGAAGUGCGAGGAAUUUAAGUCGAAAGUCGAGGCGAAGUUACAUUGAUAAUCAAGAGAGUACAGAUGAAGAAUCUGAUGUUGAAGAAGUACCUCCAGAUGAUCCUCUGGCCGUUUCCGAUCCGCUUAACGAUGUAAAAGUAAAAAAACAAGUUUCUUCUUCUUCAAGCUCGUCUACCAUUGUUGUUAAAGAUACGAAACGAUUAGCGGAAAUUGCUUCGAAAUCAACGUUAAAUAAUAGUGGUAAAAAAGAACCUACUCUCGUUAUUAUCGAUACUAAUUCGAUUUUAUCAGGUCGUGGUCCCAUCCCAAUUAACCAAAAGUCCACAUCUUUUAAUCCCCUUUUACCCAUGGCACUUCCCGCACAAGGUGUUUAUCCCGCAAAUAUGCGAGCAACAAUUACUCCAAUCCCAUUAAAUACCCAAAUUAAAUCAAAUACACAAAUAAAUUCAUCAACUACAUUAACGUCACUUAGUGGUGGUAGUUCUUCAACAACACCUGCCAUAUUACCUUCGCUAACAGAUGACAUGUUUGUCGUUGAAGCACCGUCAUUUAUAGUUCCGUAUGUAUACGAAAAACCGCCCGUGAAAGAUCUCAAAGAAUGUGUUGAAAAAUUAAAAAAGGAAAUCAUAGAAAUGCGAGAAAAAAUGAAACAAGAAGAAGAUGAUGAAGAAGCUUCGGAAGAAGAAGAAGACGUGGAAAAGAAAUUAGAUAAUAUGAAAAAAGAGGAAAAUGAUGUUAAGAAAGUUAUUGAUUUAGAUGAACCGGCGGCGGCGGCUAAAAAAACACCUUCAUAUUUUGAUAGCGCACUCGGAAAAUUCUUUAUGGAUAUCGGUCAUAAUUUAGUACAAGAAUUCGUUCAAAGCGACUUAUUGCGCCAACAAAAACGUAAACGCGAACGCGAAGGAGGCAAAAAUAUCGAAACCAACAAAACCAUUACAUCAUUAAUCAAAAACCUUGAAUAUACAAAAGAAAACAACGAGCCUUAUCAUAUGAAAAUUAAAAAAUGUGAAUAUUGCAGUUUUAAAACAGAAUCCUCCUUAGCGAUGGGUCUUCAUUUAGAAACACCCCACAUGAAAAAUUUUGUUUAUAAAUGCAAUUUUUGUACGUACGAAGUACGUAGUCCCCACGAUAUUUUAUUCCACAUGGAAGCUGAGCACAAUGUUCGCGGUCGGUUGGAAAGGGCCCCCGCGUUCCAUCAAUGUCCAAGUUGUCCGUUUGAAGAUAAUCAAAAAGGAAAAUUAUCCCGACAUUUAGUUGCUUGUGCACGUAAAUUUAAACCGGAACGUAAUAUGGAACCUCCCAUUGAUUGGGAACCACCCGCUAAAAUACCACGAGUGCCUAGAAUGAAACAGGCCACCCUCAGUACCACUGCCGCAAUGUAUCAAGCAAUGACAAAAGCACCUCAAUUCCAACUCAUGCAAAAAAUGCAAAACGCGCAAUCCGCUUUGAAUCGUGGUCGAGGGAGACCUGCUUUAAAUUCAGUUAAACAGCAACCGGUUAUGAGGUCUUCUUCUAGUUUGAUGUAUAAAACACCAAUGGCUGGUGGUUCCGUUUUAUUACCUACUACGUAUCAAGUGGGUGGUAAUCCACUUUAUCAGGUGGUUGGUGGCCAAGACAUGGGCAGUAGGAUAGGCACUAGUCCAAUGACACUGCUACCAAACUUAUCCUCUACCGGUUCAUUGACCAUUCAGAGUGCCCAGAACAAAUCAAAACCAGUCCACCAACCAAGUAUUUCAAUAACACCUUUACCAAGAACCACAGGAGGAACACCAUCUACAGCUUCCGGUUCGAAACCGGGAGAUUUAAAUUCCAAGAAUUCGUUCGUUAUCUGCGAAAUUUGUGACGGAUACAUUAAAGAUUUGGAACAACUUCGCAAUCAUAUGCAAUGGAUACACAAGGUGAAAAUUCAUCCGAAAAUGAUAUACAAUCGGCCGCCGUUAAACUGCCAAAAGUGCCAAUUUCGAUUCUUUACCGAUCAAGGGCUCGAAAGACACUUGUUGGGUUCCCACGGUUUGGUUACGUCGAGUAUGCAAGAAGCUGCUAAUAAAAGUAAAGAUUCUGGGCGGUGUCCUGUUUGUGGAAGAGUGUAUCAAUGGAAAUUAUUAAAUCACGUAGCAAGAGACCAUAACAUGACAUUAAAACCGGCCCAUUUAUCAUAUAAAUGUACAGUAUGUACAGCGACGUUUGGAAUGUAUAAACAAUUUGAAAAUCAUGUAUAUUCGGCGCAUAGCGUUGUCGCGAAACGGGUGAUUGAUAAAAAAGGGCCUUCAUCGUCGUCUUCAUCGCCGCAAACGAACAAUUCCAGUUCUUCGAGUAAGAACAAUGACUCAUUGUUAAAACCCUUGAAGAUCAACGAUGAAAUAACGAUUAUCCCGCAGUUGCCGAAAAGUUCUUCGGCUGGGUCAAGUAAAGAUAGGGAAAAUGCGACAGUGACGCAAAAGAAUAGUAUUAGUGUGACUGCAACGCCAAGUACGAGUAAAAGUAGACGAGUUAAGUAGGUCGGAACGGUUGGCUCGACGUAAAUCAGGGGUAGAUCAUUAAGUGUAAGAAGAUUAUGAUGAAAGAAAAAAUAUUUAAGAUGGUAAAAAAAGGUAUACUGAAAAGAAAUUAAGAAUUAAUUAAAAAUAUUAUGAAAGUUAUAGUGCAAAUGAAACUGUGCGAAAAGUAAUUAUGACAAAAAAUAUGAUUGACGGGUGUGUUGUGCAAAAAAACUAACUUUUUUUUGUAAGUGAGACAGUAAUAUUUAUAGUGGGAGUGCGGAUUUAAAAAAUAAAUGGACCAAAAUGUAGAUUGUUUCCGUUUUAAAAAGUGAAACUUUAAAAGAUCGCGCUCCUUACUGUGUAGAAAUCAAAAAAAAGGAAUGAAAAAAUAAGAAAAAGAAUACAAAAUGCAGUUUAUUAUACUCAAAAUAUCCCCCCGUAUUAAGAUCUAUUUAUUUAUACGUGAAAUUAUGACAUAUUUUUUCAUUUGAUAGGUUUUUUUUCUCGUACGGUAUAGGUUAGUCAAAUUUUACUAUAAUUGAUUAUAAUUGUUGCACUAUAAAGACUAAAGAUAGAUUAGAAUUAUA